CCUGUCAUAUGAUCAGCUUCCCGUUUGUUUGUGUUCGUGCAGAAAGCUAACCGUUUCCCACUAUGAAACCUCCGUAUCUAUAUUCAUGCUAAACCUGUAAUCCACACCGAUCCCACCUCAAUCACUCAGACAGAGCCUACAGAGUCCACACAGACAGAUCAGAGGGAUUCAAAGCUUUAAAAACGGGGUCAUAAUGUCGAUCGAGUACGAGGAGCAGCUAGCCGGAAGCCUGGUGGACUCUUUCCCGAAAGAUUUCGGCUACGGCGUGGAAAACAUGGAUAUGAUGCAAGAAAACCUGGAAAACUCUCCGUCUGCAGACAAUAAACCCAGGAUCCUGCUGAUGGGACUGAGGCGCAGUGGGAAAUCCUCCAUCCAGAAGGUGGUGUUUCAUAAGAUGUCCCCAAACGAGACGCUCUUCCUAGAGAGCACCAACAAGAUCUACAAGGAUGAUAUCUCGGCCAGUUCCUUCGUAAACUUUCACAUAUGGGACUUUCCGGGGCAGGUGGACUUUUUCGACCCUACUUUCGAUUACGAGAUGAUUUUCAGGGGCACCGGUGCGUUGAUUUUCGUCAUCGAUGCUCAGGAUGACUAUGUAGAAGCAUUAGGCCGGCUACAUCUGACGGUGUCGAGGGCAUUCAGGGUGAACCCAGAGAUCAAUUUCGAGGUGUUUAUACACAAGGUGGACGGUUUAUCAGACGAUCAUAAGAUAGAGACGCAGAGAGAUAUUCAUCAGAGGGCUAAUGAUGAUCUAGCUGACGCCAGUCUGGAAAAGCUUCACCUCAGUUUCUAUCUCACCAGCAUCUAUGAUCACUCCAUAUUUGAGGCCUUCAGUAAGGUGGUCCAGAAGCUCAUCCCUCAGCUGCCCACUCUGGAAAACCUCCUCAACAUAUUCAUUUCUAAUUCGGGGAUUGAGAAAGCGUUCCUGUUCGAUGUGGUCAGUAAGAUCUACAUCGCCACGGACAGCUCUCCGGUGGACAUGCAGUCAUACGAGCUCUGCUGUGAUAUGAUCGAUGUCGUCAUUGACGUCUCGUGUAUUUACGGGCUAAAAGACGACAGCAACGGUAACGCGUAUGAUAAAGAGUCUCUGGCCAUCAUAAAGCUGAACAACACCACAGUGCUUUACUUGAAGGAGGUCACCAAGUUCCUGGCUCUGGUCUGCAUCCUGAGAGAAGAGAGCUUUGAGAGAAAAGGUUUGAUAGACUACAACUUCCACUGCUUUCGAAAGGCCAUCCACGAGGUAUUUGAGGUGAGCAGCUCCACCCAGAGGACAGGAGCGGCGGUGCAGUCCAGCCCCCCCAGCAGCAGCGGUAAUGGCCUGGCCCGACUCAAAUCUGCAGCACUGAACGGUACACCCAGGAGCAUGGUUUAACCCAGGACACACGGACCUCUAAGAACACAGGGCCUUCACACUAGUGUGCUGAACGUGCGCUAAUGUACAUGUGAGAUUACUGGAGCGUUUCUCUACUUAAAACUGCUGUUCCUGGACCUGAGAGACACAACAGGACACUCAUACAGGACAGACUACAUUGCUGCUUUUUUAUGAUAUUUUGAUGUGUGUGUGUGUGUCUGAGAGAGAGAGAGAGAUUGUGUGCCACUGCAGCAUCAGCUGUUAAAAUGGGGGAAAUGGGAAAACUUUAGCCAACAGAAUGAGGCACAGUAAAAUGAUUAAAUAGUAAAUACAGUCUCAAAACUCAUUAUGCGUUUAUGGUGGCCAAAAGUGCUGUCUAGGUAGGGUGCUCACUAAUGUUUGAGACACAUUCCACCUUUCAGAAGUUUUGAGGGUAAAUUGUAGACAAGAAAAAUAAAAACUUUCAAUAAACAUUUCACAAACUAAUCAAAAUGGAAAAAUGAAAAAGGUUCAAGUAUGCCUAUUUUUAGGAGCUUUAAAUAUGUUUACAUUGUGAUAAUAAACAUUUUACCCAAAUUCUUAUUGCUAUAAUAGGUAAGAAAAUGUUACUUUUAUUUAAUUAAAUUUUUUUUGUAAUUCACAUUAUUCACAAAUUUUCUAGACUGUCAUUACUUUAAAGCAUUAUUUUAAUUGUAUUACAGUAAAAAAAAUAAAAAACUAUUAUUUAAAUCAGUAUAAAUGUUUAUACUUUACCAAUCAAAAUUAUAUAUAUAUUUAUAUAUAUAUGUUUUUUUUUUUUACACAUUACAGUAAUAAGAAUUUGGGUGGGGUGUGUGUGUAUAUAUAAUAUAUAUAUUUUCACAAUGUAACAUUUUAAAUCAAAAAUAGCCUUAAUUUUCUUUAAGAAAUAUAUUUCCUAUUUCUUUCUUUUGAUUUUGGGGUGAAAUAUGACCUGGACGUGUUAGGUUCACCCAUGAAACAGAUCUUCACUCCCUUCUGUUGUAAAAUUCCCUGGCCAAAGCAUCUUUAAGAUUCCAGCUGUUAAUGUUGGCCUGUGCUGUGAUAGUGUUGGCUGCUGCUGUUAUUUACUCCUGACCUAAAAAAGGGAAACAUAAAGGGAGAAAAUGCUAAAGACAUUUGUGAACUUCAUCAUGUCUCUGUGGACAGCCUUACAGUGAGAAGAAUCAUAUAAGGAGACUAUUUUUUCCCUUCUGGAAUGUUUUAUUUUCUGCCGAAUUAUCCCUCGUUUUCAUAUUCGUUGAAAUGGAUCUGGGAAUAAGCAUCAACCCAGUCUAACAGUAAGCGUGUAUUUUGCCAUAAAAUGCUUCUUGAAAAAUCCUGAUAUGCUGAGAACACGACACUCGAGAUUGUUGAACAAGUAUUACGUUUUCAUAUGUGAAGUCCCAGGGUCCAAAAUAACCCUCUUUCCUUUUUUUAUUACAUGAUUCAUUAUUUUAUUCAUUCGCAAAAAUUCCCCUUUCUUGAAUGGAUAUAAUGAGGGCUAGUGUGUGUCUGUAUAAGUGUGUGUGAACAAGAGAAUCACUGAUAAUUGUUGAUGAUUGUUGUGUGUGUGUGUGUGUGUGUUUCUUUUUUCUAAUAAAGUGUAAACGAAUAAGAUAUUAAUUUUUGUGAUUCAACUAUAAAGAUUAUUACUUGUAAGAUAUCAAGAAAAUAAGAAUUGUUUACUUAUGGUAUAUUUUGUCUCAGAGCACGCUGAUAAAUUAAAGCUAUAUUCAUUCGA